AUGUUGCUCCUGUGUGUCCCGUUGCAGAACCCAGAAGGAAGACAAAUAAUUGAUGACAUGGUGGCUCUAUACCGCAAAAGGAGCGCAGUGUCAGACCAUCCAGCCCUGAAGGCUGAGAAUGGCCGUUGUCCCACAGCCGAGUGUGCCCUUGAUGUUGAGAGCAUAGUUUUCCUGAUUUAUGCCCUAUAUGUCAUCGGUGGUACAUUGACAUGGGGGAGUUUUGAAGUCCAUUGUCAACAUCACAUCAAUCACCCAGCAGCAAUUUCACUAGAGUAUGGUUUCCUGGAAGUCUGUGGAAUGCUUGCAUGGCCCAGAUUCUGCCCCCAAUGUCUCAGCAAUAAAUGCAAGGAAUCACACAUCGCAUCUACGAUAUGGCGCAGUUUAGAACCGGCAUUGGAGAGUGAAGUGCCUAAUACUCCACAAGUUGUGGCGGAUCACAAUACCAAACUGGAAGCUCAUGUCAACCCUCCUGAGAGCUUUAAGUGCAAUGGAAUUGAUACUGACAAUGAGGGAAAGGUGGAGCGCCCAAGAAGACAGCGAAAGAGCCCAUUAAUAUUCAUGGUGACUGGUGCUGCGGAACCUGCGGUUGUGGGGACCGGCCUUGCUGGCAUGGAUCUCUUCUUCGGUCAGAAAACAUUCUCUUUAGUCCUUUCGGUCCCAGAUCAUGCCUUGGCUUUCUCCCGAUACUGGUCGUCCUUCUUCGACCAAUUCCUUAAAUUUCGUACUUCUCCUCCCGAAGACAGCACGCGUUUGACCUUUCCAUAA